AAAAAUGAUCUGAGGCAUACAGUUGGUGAGAAGAAAGAACAUAAUACAGAACUACGCCUGAAGAAUUCAAUCAAGUUUUUGUUCGUUGUUCUAUAAAACGUUGCAACCUCAGUCAUGUCGGAAAACAAGAAGAUCCUCCACCGCGCUACUGCUGUCAUGGUAAAAGGAAUUCUACUUUCAGUCGACAUCGCCUCAAACAUUGACGCCAUCUGUGCUUUCCGUCCUGAUCCAUCGGACCUCCUUAUCGCAUCCUAUCCUAAAUCAGGGACGAGUUGGAUCCUGGAAAUAGUCGAUCUGCUUCUUCAUAACGGAGAUGCUAAAAUCUGCAGACGAGCACCAUUGUCAAUGCGAGUGCCUUUCCUUGAGAUGUCCGAUCGACUUGGAAGCCAGCCAGGUCUUGAUAUGCUGAAAGAAAUGAAUCCCCCAAGAAUCAUUAAGACCCAUCUGCCAUUUCAGCUGAUUCCAUCUGGGUUUUGGGAAAACAAGUGCAAAACAAUCUACGUCACACGCAAUGCUAAGGACACCGUGGUAAGCUUCUACCAAUUUCAACAAAUGAAUUUAAGCAGCACUGAUCCUGGAUCGUGGGAGGGCUAUUUACAAAGAUUUAUCCAUGGAGGAUGGCUAUAUGGCCCCUGGUACGAUCAUGUGAAAGGAUACUGGGAGGAGCGAAAAAAGAGGAACAUCCUUUACGUCUUCUAUGAAGACAUGAAAGAGAAUCUCUGCCGUGAAGUGACACGAAUCAUGAGGUACCUGGACUUGUCCCUCUCUGAUGAUGUAAUCAACCGCAUUGUGGACCUGACCACAUUCAACAACAUGAAGGACAAUCCAAUGGCAAACUACACCUUUGUUCCUAAGGAGAUUUUUGAUACUUCUAUUUCCAGCUACAUGAGAAAGGGAGAGGUUGGUGAUUGGAAAAACCAUUUUACCCCUCAGCAGUCAGCGGAGUUUGACAAGGUCUACGAGACCAAAAUGAAGGAAGUCAACAUUCCUUUCAGAACAGAGUUGUAAUGGGUUUGCAGCAUUUCAAUUGACUCUAGUUAGCUUUAGUUAGCUGGAGUUAAACAAAGUCUCUAAAUGUCAUUGACUAUGCAA